GUGCCUUGAGGGAUCGGCUUAAAAAGCAGCGAUUAACUUCUUAGCAAUGAAAGGAGUCGUUCACGGAACGAGUUCGCAUCUGACAAAGCGAAUACAAAAGACUUGGUUCUGUUUGUGUUAAGACGCUGAAAAGGGUAUAUUUAGGGAGAGAUAUGUCGUGACUAGCUAAACUAUCAGGCCGGAAAAUGAUGUAUGAAAAAGGUUAAAAUAGCUACACGAAUGAAGAAUUGUUGUUUAGUUGCAUUCGCGUGAGCAAAGGUCACAUCGAACAGAUCAAAAAGAAAUAUGUUCUCGCAAAAAGGAAUACAGAGACAUCCAGUGAAGGAAUGGAAUGAAAGAGAAGUUUACAGAUGGCUCAAACAAAAGGGACUUUCUAAACUUUGGCGACAUUUUCGUGGUAUGCAUGUGCUGCUGAACUUAAAUCGUUCGCCUCGGCGGCAUACUUAAUUUGAAACUUUUUCUUAAAACUUGAAAAGUCCAAAUUUAACAGUGAAGAAGAUCAAUGAAAUUUGUUUCGGUUUCAGACAAAAAACUCGAUGGAAAACUCCUGCUACAGACCACAGGCCAGUAUCUUGGUAAGUAUCUCAUACCUCUUACACAGUAUCAGUGACUAUGUACAAAGAUAUGCUUAUUUAUAUCCUGUCCAUACAGAUAUCGAUAUAGAGCCUUUUCAAACCUAAGUCUUUGCUUUAGGGAUCAAAACUAUAACACUUCUCAUGUAUUCACUUAGAAUGUUUGUUUCUGUUAAUCGCGAUAAAGCACUCAUAUAGGACUAUUAAUUAGUGCUAGAUAGGUAGCCGUCAUAAACUAUAAACAUAAUCGUCAUUCAUUACCAACGGACAAAUCGACACGUCCCUGAAGACUGUUCAUCCAUAUUUGUCACGCGGAUUAACGGUGGCUUAUCUUUGAAUCCUACACGACAAGAAAGCUUAUAAAUACCUUUUUUUUCCUAUCACGCGAGUAGAUAUUAUUAGUACAUGUAAAUAUUAUUCUGACCGUGAAUGAACAAGGCAUUGUGAAAACUCAAGGUUUAGGUAGAGUUUCCAUAACUUGUCCACUCUUGAAGUUUGCUAUCUCUCGAGAAAUUAAUAGCGAAAUUGGCUGACAUUAAGAAAAGAGAUCAGGCCUGCCUCCUUCAUGAUUCUUCUGGCAACUUGAUCAACUAAUUCUCGUUGAUGAUUAAAAUCACAAAGCGUAACCAUAAAGUGAAUCUUGUCUACAAGUCAAAAGUAUCCCGAAAGCAGAGUGGUUUAAUAUUUAAAAUCUUUUAAAAUGGAAGCUUUUGAGCGGAGGACGUUCUCCUUUUAAGUAUUGAAGAUCCUAAACUAACUUCACAUCAGUACUGAGAUAAAAAUCCAUGCGAUUUGAAUCUUUCAACUAGCUCAUUCAAGUAUAAAACGCUUCUGAUUGGGCCACAGUUCGCUCCGAUAUUGUUCACUAAGAUUUACAGACCUUUGUGCAAGUUUGUUCCGCAUCUGAGGACAAUGUAUAGAUAAAAAGCUCAAGUUGAAUCAUUUACUGAAAUACUACGACAGGUUAACCCAGUAACUGCCUAAGUAGUCUAUUCCUACUGACCGGAGGGGUUUUUUAACAUUUCUUCUCCCUUCAUGAACAAGAGGAGCAAACCUAGUUAAAUCGGUGUAGGUAAGAAAACAAGUGGUUCAGGUUUAUAACAGCAGCAGUUUAUAAGUCCCGUAAUUUUCCGUUAUCCUGUCAAAGGAUCACAUAUACCAAAAAGGAUACCUUUAUUUUAAGACCUAGGCUUCUCGAAAAUAAUGUCCCACCCCCCAACAACUAUUGCCUAUAUAAAGGAGUCCCCCCCCCAGGCAACACUAGUUGUUUACGUAUCUAGUAACUUUCUUCGUGCCCUCAAUGUUCUAAGUGUGUGUCAACAUCCCUUUCAAUAGGUCACGUCGUACGGUUGAAUUAAAUAAAAAUUAUCUGAACAACAACAGUUUUAACAGCAAGGAGUCAAUUGAAUAAACUUUACACGGUUGUGGCCUGCUAACCUGAAAUUUCCAAACUUUACCAACAAAAGAAAGAGAGAGCUAGAGAGAUUUGCUGACGAGAAAACUGACUGGUAACUUUUAUCUCUACUCAGAUACCACAUAGCAAAUUACGUGAUCGCAUGAUUUUAGGAAGACAAACAAACCGAUUUCAUUCGGUUUUUGUUUGGUCUUAUGAAUGAUGUCAUAUCCAUUAACAAGCCUUCUUGAUGGCCCUUUUAGAGGAAAAUAUUUCGGCGAAAUUAAUACUUUUAAAGUACUGCACUAGUUCAAACUACUAUGGCAAGAAAUUAGCUGUUCUAGACUGUCGGGAAUUCAGUUAAGUAGGACAUGAAAGGGAGAACUGACACGGCCGAAAUUUUGGAAUUCAGUUCACUGUUGCCUCCUUAUUGUAAUUAUAAUUACAGCCUGAGUGCAAAGUCUUGUGCCUUUAUAAUUACUAUAACAAUUCUAUGAGCACCACACUGAUCAAAUCACGAACGCAAAUCGUGCUUGUCCUCACUGAUUAUAACAGGUGUGCAUUUGAAAUUUGACGUCAUAUGAAUUACUGUUAAUUCACUGACAUUCUUUCGAAAUAAAGUAUUGUAAAGGAAAUAAUAAUAAAAAAAGGAAAGUAAAAAAUAGAAACAGGACAGAAAAAAAAAAAAAACACUAACCACGACCAGUGAUCAUGUAUGACUUUUUUCGGAGUGUUUACUUCAUUAUUUUGAAUAAGCAUUCUAUCACAAAUGGACAUUAUUUCAGUUUUUGUUCUUGUGUUAUUUUCUUUGGAUGUGACCAAUUAUCCAGAAAUUUAAUCACGAGCAACUGCCCGCCAAUUUGCUAACAUGGGCAGUCAUAAUUUAUCAGCUAUCUGAUCGUAAAAGCUUGCCUUUUCCAACAUAACAGACGAAAGCCGCAGAGUCUACCAAUAUUUAUAAGUUGAAAGAUGUAAAAUCGCUACUUUAAACUCAACCAGUAACAGUACUAUACGCCUGAGAAAAAAAAAAGACAUUCUUAACGAAUAACUUCAACAAAUAAAAAUUCGGAAAACCUCACAAGCGCCGCGUUAAUUUAGUUGUCUGAUUUAUAGUUGCUGUAAAUAUUUAACUCAUUAAUAUCGCGUGUUCUGUAACACUGUCGCGUGACUUCACGAAAACAGGGCUUUCUUAGUCGUGAUUGUGAAAUUAACAAGUUAUAAUUUCUCGAGAAGAAAGAUCUAACAAAUACGUCUGGCAAACAUGUAGCAAAUAUCGAUGGGCGAGCGAGGGAACUAAGUUUCGUAAAGUUUAGGAAAGAGAUUUGUCCACAAGCGUGACUUACUUUGACUUUCGGAUCUGUCGGUUUGGGUUCGGAUUAGCGAGGUGAUUAAAAGAUGCCGCGAAACGUUUUUUAAAUAGAACCGACUUUCCGGUGUAUUAGGGAUUGAUUAAAUUUGUUUGGUGGUUACUGUCUCAACACGAAGACAGUAUAGUUUUUGCUGGUUUCGCACUUAAAGGCAAGUCUUGCUGGAAUACGAAACACAUUCUUGUUUUUCGAUAUAUAAAACGGCGAAGUUGUUCGCACGUUGCUUAUUCGUCCAUACACAUACCUAUAGUCUGAAAUCAAUUUUCCCCAUGAUUGGUGCAUUUUACGAGUGAAAUCCGCAGUGGAAUUUGCCUGAUAUCGAUUACAUCUGACUGGUAUCGAAAUCAUCCGCCGUUGUUCAACGUAUUCUUAGCAGGAAAAACCUUUAUAGGAGCUGAUUAUAGCGACCACAACGUUUGAAAAGAUGAGUCUCUUCUUCUCAGACUGUGGACUAAGCAAAGGUAACAGUUUUUUUUUAUGUAAAGUCCCAGUAAACGUGAUUAAGAUACGAGGGAUAAACAAGCACUUUGUAUCGAAAUACAACAGUUCCCGUUUAACCACCAUUCGUUGAGUUCAACGAGGAGAAAGUACCACAAGAUUGCCGUUCUGGUUUGAUGUUUGUGGACAGUGUUUCCGAUAAAGAGCAAAAAAGUACUAAAGGCUUAGAUAAACGCUUACAUUACAUAUUUUGAGAUCCAAAGAUGAAACGUGAGAGAUCAGAGACACUAAUAUUUGUCUUCCUAAAUCAAGGAGUUUAUAUGUAUCAGUCAUGUUGCAAGACACGGUCAAGAGCUUUAAGUGCUUCUCUACUGUGCAGUAAGGUCUAAUGAAAAAUACUGAUUUCUAAUGGGGCGCGAGGGAGAACAUGAUAUUCAUAAUGACUGUAAUAUUUCUUCUUAUUGAUUUGCCUGCACGUAGAUUUAUGUGCUUCAAGUCAUAUACAAUAAGGAUAUGUCAUAGCUAUAUAAAACAGUAACGAAAGACAUUUAACUUUAGUCCGACCGCAUCUUGAACAGACUCUUAGCAGAUUGUCAUAAUGGAGGUACCCACAAAAUAUUCCCCGAAUGUCUACACCUUCUCUCUCGCUGGGAUUGUACUCAAAACAAUUUUAAUUUUGUUUUUUCACAGAGCAGAUACUAUUUUUCUCGAUUGAUAGCGAACCUCAAUAUUGUAAUAGUACUAAAUAAAUUACGAAGUACCACAUCAUCGGGAUAAACAGAUUUUUUUCAAAGAUAAGAAGAGCCACUAUGAGUUAUGACAACAAAACGUUGGCAACCAAGAUAUUAUCAAACAAAGCAUUCAGUCAGUAGUAAAUUAGUGAAUUUAUCGAAAGAGGGAAAUAGAACUUAUCACCUACAAAUGGCGAGCGGUUCAAGUAUCAGAUGUUCUUGAUGAUAAAACGUAAUUAAACACUUCCAGUCUUUGAAACUCUGUUUCAUUACAAUUUAGGUAGAUUCAUUUGGAAUGUGUUUGUCUCAACUAAAUUUUUUGACCUUUACCAAUCGUAAAGAUGCGCAAAUAUAUCCGAUAUUCGCAACGGUUCUGUUACGAUCCCACCACAAAAAUCACACUGAUUAAAAUGCAGUUUAAAACUAAAAUAAAACUGUUCUAGGUGUCUGCGAAGAAUAUCAUUCGAUGCCUCUCAACAAAGUAGAAGGACUUUCUAGUUUCUCGUUUCUCCAGUUUUUCUUGCCUGGGUAAAUAUACCACCAGAUUUUCCCCGGUAAUAUGCCACUAGUACUAAAAGAUUAUUUAAAGUGGUAGAAAGUAUUGAAAUGUCCAACCUCCUUGAAAUCUGUUCAACUAAGUGCCAAAUGGAAUCGUUGUUGCUGGACUAACGGAUCUCAAAAUCUUGUUUGCAGAUCGCCUAGGUGUAUCAAAUCCAACAACACGUGACAAACUCCUUGCCGCUGUUCACGAACUGAAAUUGUUUGGGGGUCCAGUCCCAGAUGAAAGGCAGUUUCGGUUAAAUGUGCCAGGAAAUAAUAACAACGGGAUCAGUCCAAGAACGAAGAAAAGGUCCCUUCCUGAGAGGCCCCCCGGCAAUGCGCACCUCUUCCUUAAAGAAAUACUUAAUGAAGGUAAGCUCAAAUCCGACCAAUUUAGGUUUCUGGAAAACUACAAUCCUACCCCUCCCCUAAGCCAACAUUUUGCCCUGAAUGAGAAGUAAGUGUUAAUGUUAGCUUAGGGGAGGGGUAGGUGGACAGCUUCCCAGAAACAUAAAUUGAUCCCUCAAAUCUGCUUCCAAAAUGUUUCUUUUUCGUCUCCCAAAUCACGAGAAACAAAGGUAAACUUUGAAAGAAAAACUUUCUUAUGCAUUUAAACGUCGCAGGUUACCCUUUCUUAUGAUUUCCAGUGAUGUGGCCUGGACUGUAUGCACUGAACUAUUCAACAAACUGACGACAAUUUUUUGAUAGCCCACACUCUCGUAAACAGUAGCUCUUGACCAAUGACUGCGCGAGAAAUUGCAUAGCUGUUAUAAAAAAUAAUAACGGUUCCUUGAAUCAGUUCCUGCUAUCGUUUACGUCUUGAUUGAAGACACAAAAGUGCUGCCUCAAUGACCUUGGCACUCAACUGACAGACUUACGGAAAGCAACUUCAAUUUUACGUUAAAUGGUUGUGCCCCCCCCCCCCCCCCUUCACCCCCCGUCAAAAGGGAAGAGGCAAAAGAGAUCUUUCUGGUCCUUCUUUUGCGUGGUGCAAGAGGUGUGGCGUAAAGUGGGACCCUCCACACCGCGCGCUCUCGAUCUUCUUUCUCGGGUUAAGAAAAAAACUUAAAGGCACGAGUUGACAGUGUUAAAUUGAAUUAGUUUUAUCAGCUUUUAUGACAUUUUGUUUUCUAGGUACUCCCUCCUCGCGAGGUAUAGAGGUUGUUGAGCGCAAAACGCCCCAAGAGGUACUUCAUGAACAGAACGACCAAAUGUGUCAAGAAGUGGAAAAGGUAAGAAGAAACAUCAAGGACAGUAAAAUGUACAAAUACAUAUAUGCAUAAAGCCGUCCAAUAGGAUGACUUGAAAAGUCUAGAAGUUCGAAUUCUUUUUCAUUUCCCAGAGGGGUCCAUGUCUGUAAACUAAAUAAUGCUGCACACCUUUGUCCAUGUUAAUGUUGAGCAUUACUUUGCUGGAGAGCUACAAUAAAAUUGUAUAUUGGAGUAAGUGUGCUGUGCGGCACUAUGAGCAGCAUGGUAAUUUUUAGUGACUGAUGCAUAUCGUUCCUCAUUGUUUAUGUUAGAGGCGCUUCAUGGCAAUUGACAUAAGAACUGUCUUUUUCAGGGAGAAGUUCUAGUACAUACUGCUGGACUUCAGUUUGACAUGGAAGAUAUAACUAUUGAAAUCACCAACCAUACGACAAGGUAACUGAAAAAUAAAAUGCUCACGCUUCGCAUACAAGUUCUCUUGCGCCAAUGACGAUGACUGUUUAUUGGAAGGUUGUUGAUGUGGUGAGGUGAAUCCUUGAAAUUCAUCGUCUUUUUGUCCAAGCAACCACUAAAGGUGAUGUUACGUGAGACGAUUCGCAACGACGAUUUUUAGCGCAACACAGCGUUGCAUCAUUGGUGCGACAUUGUUGCAAUAUUGUUCCAAUAUUGCAACGCUGUGUUGCGCCAAAAAUCAUCGUUGGGAAUCGUUUGGUCUAGCAUCACCUUAAAGGGCGUGAUGUCCGUUUAGAGAGGGUUGACGCUGUACAUGACUAAAUCUUUGGGUCAAGAGUUUCACAACUAAUUGAACCGUUUUUGUUCUCAUACAGCAAAGAACUUGUUAGUUUGCUUCUGGCUCAGUGUAAGGCGGACUCCAAGGAUCCAAACCUUUUUUACAUAGCGGUGGAAACUGGAAUGCAAAAGAAAGGUAAUACUUGCUAAUUUAGACGUACUAGGGAUCAAAAUAGGGUAAAGAGAACAGAAUUUUAGACUCGACGUCUGGUCGAUUGAAUAUCAAAUUCGGCGGCCAUUUUAAGCGAAUUUCAGUCAUUUGCAUUUCAUUUCAGUUCUUUCUUCCUGGUAUUUGUAUCUUAAUCCUUGUUGAACGACGCCGAACAUUUUCUUCAUUGCACUUCUGUUAUCCCUAGUACUUCACGAUUUCUUGUGAUGUUACUCAUUUUCGUCCUUGCUGGACGUUUUUUGAAGAUUCUUUUGUGCUCCUGGUGACAUAAUAUUUGGCCCCAGUUCCUUCCCGCACGCCAACCUUCUAAUUCAAUAUCCAUGUUCUAUCUAGAUUCCAGUCUUCCCAUAUCUCAGAUGAUGGUCCUGGCUGAUGAUGAUCGUCCUCUGGAGAUUCAAUCCCGUCAACCAUCAGGAGAAGCCAAGUAAGUACGAAACAACGCUUUAAAACGAGGCUUGACUACCCACCUACCCGUCCCCUACCCCUUUAACACUUAGCAACCAAGGUAGCGAACUAAAUACAAUAUUACAUGCGUUUAGGAAAGGCAUCAUAAACUUACUUCCAUACGGAUCAGUAUAUUUUUUAAACAUACACCAGCUUGUACACGGAUAAGUAUUUUUUAUGCGGACAGAGCUUUAAGGGGUGUCAUUUUUCUUUUUACAUCUCUUCAUAAACAAGGCGCUUCUGCAGCAAAGUAAGGUUAAGUCUAGAUCGGGCCAAGUGACCCAUCAAGCCGGAGCUUAUUCCUGUUUCCAUGGCAUGAAGCCUGUAGGAAUAUUGCUACCCCACCUCCCCCUGGGAGGGAAACUAGACUGUGUCAGGGUUACACCUAGCAUUAAAUUUGUCGGGAGCCAUUUAUGCACCUGUGUGGAGUGAGGUACUGUGGAUGUAGGGGUCUUGCCCAAAAACACAACACAGUGACACCACCCAGCGAUGAACCUGGACCACUGCAGCAAAGUCAAGUCAAAAAUAAUUUUACAAAGAGCAAGAUAAUCAAUCGUGCGGGUUUUCACGGGAACGUUACGCGAGAUUAAUCAUCUGUGACUUUCCUUAUGGAAAAGAUAACGAAAGAAAAAGGCAACGCUGCCUUUUUUUAGAAGAAUUACUUGUUUCUUCCAGUAGUUUUUUUGGUAUUACUUGAUUUUGCUGAAGAGUUACCACUUCCCAAAACCGGGCAUCGCUUAAAACCCAUUUAGCGGAGUCACUUGAUUACGUGGUUCUGAUACGGUUCAAUUAUGAGUACCAAGAUAAUAGACAUAUUCACGUGAUGUUACUAAGCCACGUGAUAUCACACAUGGGGGUGAAUCAUACAAAAAGUGACUAUUGUAUAAUCUAGCGCGUAAUGAUACCGUUUGUUUAAUUAUUCCGAUACAUUCAAGCUGUGCAAUAUUUCGAGAGAGAUAAGCAAAGACAAGCUCUGUGAUCAGGUCUGAUAUAGAUAUUAACACCUAAGUGAAUGGCAUUAAUUUCCGUUUUAGAUUGCAUCUGAAGAUGAGAAGUGGAGGUCUUUUGCGCGUUCAAGCCGGGAUACUUAGCCCUGGGGUAAGUUUGCGAGUUAUCCGCGCAAUGUAAAUUAUGAGAUUAAGAUCUGUCGAUGUCAUAACAGCGAAGCAAUGCUUUAUGCGAGGCGUACAGCCUUAAAAACAGACCUAGACAAGACAGAUCACGGUUAUGUCACUAAUUUUACGUGCCUCGCCCAAACUGGACACGCACAUUGUAGCCACUGUUAAGAAAAGGGUGGUAGUAUAUUAUGAUUCUCCAAUUCGGCGUGCAUUUCGGUACAAGAAAAACUGCCGGACUGGCUCCUCUUUGGAUACGUGAAAUGUUGGACACUCAGUGGACAUCGGCGCCAUAUUUAUUGCUUCAUUUCAUUACCGUGAAUUUACACAGAGAACGGAAAUUAAAUUAAAUUUUAUCCGCACAGAAAUAAAAACCGUCCAGAAUUCAAUCAAACGUUGGGGACGAAUUAACGUUAAAGUAUUGCCAACAGGCUAGUCUUGACAACGACCUUAUCCCAGGUGUUCAUCUCAAAAGUUGCCACUGCCUAAACUUAGCCUGUGUACACCACCACCCCCCUUAAAUAAACAUGGUCGUUUUAGUUUGAAGUGAAGGGACGGCUGUACAUGAAAGGCUACCUAGACUGAGUCAAACCGAAACAAGGAUUGCGUCAAAGCAAUGCAAAUGAUAUACCGUGUCUGGUAUCUUUCAGGCAACCUACAAAUGCGUGCAGAUAUCUCGUCAAACCAGAGCCGAUGAAGUUGUGAAGAUGAUCUUGUCUGGCUAUGGCAGCGACGAACCUCCUGAAAAGUUUGUUCUCGUGGAGAGUUUGUCUGAUUCGGAGGGUAAGUUGAACAUCCUUACAAUUUGCAACCGUAAAAAGUGAAAAUUUUGUCAGUAUCGGAAAGACUAAUUUUUACGCGAAUCAUUCCUGGUCCAACAUUUUUGCGCGUAAAGUUGACACAAUUUGGAGUGAGAAGACGUCGGGUCUUUUCGAAAUACGACAAUUUGUUACUAGUAAAGGUGGUGAUACGCGAAGAAAACAAUUAACUUGUAACGACUUUGUUACGCGACAAGACACACAAGAAAGUUGCUCGUGUAAGUAGACCUUUGAACUCAAUCCACGAGUAACUCUUCCUUAAAAAUGACUAACCUCGAUCCUAAGGAUUCUCCACUUCCGGUUUGCUCCGUUGCGGAAGUUGGACUUUGUAAUGUUUGGUUUGAUUUAUUUCUUUAAGAACAUUUUAUUUCUCUGACUCAGUUCAAAGGGCAAUAGGACUUAUUUAAUUCCUUCUAUGCGCAAAAUCCUGAGAAGAGAAGCAAUAAAUCAUACGAUUUUCUUGCAGUUGGUCGCAUCUUGGAAGCAGAUGAAUGUCCUCUUGAGGUACAAUCACAGUGGGAGCUUGGAGAGCAGAGAACAUUUACCUUAACACUUGCUGAAUUUGAGGUAACUUUUCAAUUAACAGGCGAUCAUUAUCAACUCUACUACUCUUUCAUUAUCAUCGCCGCCUUUCACGGCAGAAGGCGCAUAUGGCCCUAAAACUACUCUUUAUCAACUCUUUCUACGCAUGCGUUCCGAAGUCUCCUUUUUUGGACGACAAGGACCAAAAUAUUUUAUCUGGCAAAUCAGAAUGCGUGCGGGAAAAAAUGAACCAAUCAGAUCUCCGAGUAACUUCAUCUAACAGGCGCCAAUGGCGCGAAAAUGCACGCGAUUAUGUUUUGUGUGUGUGUCUUUUUUUGUUUACUUUCACAAGAAGAUGAAAUGCAAGGAACGACUAUUGAAAUGAAAUGAAAUGCAAGGAAUCACUAUUGAUUCCCGACUUUUUUUUCCGUAAACUUUUGCUAUACUCUGUCAGUUAAAGAUUGACACAAUCCUUCUAAUUCUUUCCAGGGCGUUCUUCAGAGUGAAGACAAGGACGUGUCACUAAGUGGAGAAACAGACGCUACGCAACAAUCUUCCAAUGACUGUGACAAGAACAACGAAGACCAACCUAUGAACUCCUCCUCCUCAGAAAUCGAGGAAAAAGAGACUACAGAACAGAUACGCAGGCGAAGAACUUCAAUAGAUGCUUUAGAUUUACAACUCUCUCAAAUUAAUCAGGUGAAUGAAGUCAAUCAGGUUAAACGCAAAGUUUCGCAGAUUGAUAACUUGAGGCACAAGUUUCAGGAGUAUCACCGGAAGCCAAGUAGUGUUACUGCGGUUGACGAAACAGCCAUUUCCGGUUCCGGCGAGGGACCAAAGAGGCGUAAAGUUUCUCAGAUUGACCGCUUCAGAAGCAAGUUUCUUGAGUAUGCGCAAAACAGUGGGAAAGGAGAAACUGGUGCUCACAACACGAUAGACGAAGAAGUCAAAGAUGGCGAUAAUGCAAGCAGAAAAAAGACGCCUCCAUCACGCGUUUCCUCUGAUAGCGAAGAAUUGCCGCGUUUUUCUUCGUCCCCUCCAUCGCACCUUCGUAACAAUAAUAAUCACAACGAUGUUUUACGCGAAAAUGAAAAAAACUGCGGAAAUAGACUUGAAGAUUCAGUUGAUAAGAACUCAAAAUCAAAUCGCCUUAGUCUUGCGAGUGUUCUGAAACAUUCCAAACUUGUUACAGUGACUUUAAACAAGCAACCGGGCGAAGGCUGGGGAUUAGAAUUGGUUCAUGUCACCAGAACAGGUUCCCCGAUGAGCCAACACGACAAUGAUGCGAUAGACGACGAAAAGGUUGUGUACGUUCUCCACAGCGGAAAUGGACAGAAUUCUAUCGUCGGAACUUCUUCCGCGGCUGAUUCCAGCGGAGAUUUGUUUUCUCCAUCUGGGAUCAGCACUCCGCAUUCUCAUAGCUCAUCUGGGUCAAGUGAGCAGGAGAUAACAUCAAUUCUAGGAACAUCAUCUCUCGCAGACAAGUCUCAAGACAUGCGGCAUAUUUUACACAAACAGAGCCUUAAGAGGAGAAAGAUUGGCACAUGUAAUCAACAUCUAAACUUUCCUGCUUUAAGUCCCAUUUUGUCGAGGCCGGGAUCUGCGCCUGCGGGGGGAGAAAUUAACCCUCUUCCUCAGCGACCUUCUUCUGCGUUUGCGCAAUGGAGUAAAGAUGGAAGUCCUCAGCCUCGUCCUGGAGUGCGAAUAGUUGCACUGACCGAAGGAGGGGUUGCAGCAACAAGUGGUGAACUGGCUGCAGAUGACUUAAUCGUUGAGGUGAGCAAAAACUUUUUUUCGUUAGAUCUUCAGGUAUAUUGUCAUGUAAUCACAAUAAGUGGUUCCAACGUGUGAUCAAGCAUAGACUGCAAACAGAGACGUACAAGAGAAGACGAAUAGUCCUGAGCAGCGACUUCAACCUGCAGCUUUGAGCCCUUUGGGAUGCUUUAUUUGGAAGUUUUUUCAAGAGGAACGACGCAAAAGAGACGAGAGCUCAUCAAAGACUCACUAAUAAUCACAGAACGCAAUAGGAACAUACUAAAAUAUUGUCAUACAAAAAUGAAAGCCCUUCGGGGAGGGUGUGGGGGCAGAAGGGGGCGCCGGUAUAUAUACAGCAAUUAUUAACAAGUUGGCUCGCUCUCAAAGACUAUCGCUUGUUGUUUAGCCGAAAUAUAGUUUGACUAGGACUCAUUCUGAAUUUAAACAUAUCUAUUUCAUUACUGCUUCAGAUCGACGGCAAGUUUUUGCUUAACUCUCCGCUUGAGCCCGUGAUCGCUGCAUUGCAAGAAACCAAUACAGUGACAAUUGUGGUGGCUAGAGCCCAGGCUCCUGACACAAAAUCAGAGGUAUGCUUUCAGUUGUGUUGCUUGAUUGGUGUUUGGUAUCAGAGACUUCAAACGAACACAAAAGCACCUCUGCACAGGCCACAAUCUCCUCGUGUUCCAGCGAGGUGUAACACAGUGCAAACGAAAGCAAAGCAACGGAAUCUGUGAACACAGACGCUUAUUUUGAGGCAGAAGGUGUUACACAAAAACGAGAAAAACAGGAACGCGAGACUUUGUUUCAUUUUGGGGUGGUUAAGAGCGUGGAACCCGAUAAAUGUUUUGAGCGUAGGUUGUUAGCAUUCCCUCGGGAAUGUCCCGAAGACGUAGCAAACAACUUCGUUCUCAGGCUCUCUCUUCUUUCCUUCCCAUGGAGCAGGAGAGAGAGAUAGAAAGCCGUCUUUCUCACUUCAGAAGGGAAGAGGAGGGACUGGGAACGAGGUUAGCUAAUUACACAACCAGGCUCCAUCUCCUUUGCGCCCCGUGUUGCUUACCCUCUCGCUCUUUACGCAAAGAAAAGGGGCCCCUAGCAGUCCAUGUUGAUGAUACGAUCGCAAAACAGUCUUAAUCGAAUAUCGUGGAAUAUUCGUACUAGUUUGGUACGUGAUUACGGCUCUUGUUCACUCUUGCCUUUAUUUAUUAUUUUUUUCAGGAGAAAGAAAACGUAACAGAUUGUAAGGAAGACAUCAAAGCGUUGACACUACAGAUACAAAACCUCGUCACUAAAGUCAGUGAAAUGCAAAACGACUUAAAAAAGAAAGACGAUAAGAUAAAAAGUUUAAAGAAAAUGGUGAGGAAAAAUAGCGCGGACAGCAAGGGAAAAAUUUACCAGUCUGUUCAAGUUCUUGUAUAACGACUUGAUAUCAAAUUAGCCAUUUUGUUACUCGCAGUGAAAUACAUGUUAAGAUUCUUUAUAGAUAUAUCGAAAAAGGGAAAAAUAUGGCAUUCUCAGUAGGAUAAAAAAAUACUAUUUACUUUCAUUCUCCAUCCUCUGUACACGCAUCUCGGUGAAAAAAGCAAACAAACAAACAGCCCACCCAUCCCAUAACACCACUGAAACCACAAUCCAUCCUUAGUACGAACGUCACGGUUACAAACCAAACAACCCACCCCUCCCAUCAGCAUCACUGUACCCUCAAUCCAUUUCAGUAAACGCGUCACGGUCAAAAACCAAAUGACCCAUCCCUCCCAUCAUUUAUAAGCUACCCUAACCCUACCCUACACAAAGAACAGAGGAAGUCGCUUCAUAUACUGUACAAGAGAACUAUGACAAGCUUCCGUCCAUGUAUGAUAGAAACUAGCCCAUAUUCAAAAGAGAAUAUUUACGCUUCAAUAUUUAAAUUAUACCAACAAGGUUUACUACGGUGAAGU